CACGCACGCGUGUAGGCAGCUCCAGCUCUCACCGAGGUGCCAAAGAACCAUUCCCAUGUGUUUUUAUCUUGGACGGGUCAUUCUCAUGCCUGUGGGAGAAAUUCCUCCUCUGAGUUGUCCAUCUGUAGGACAAGAUGUGUUUGUGUGUUUCCGUCUGUCCCCUGAGACCGCUGCAGGGAUGUUUCAUGUCACACAUCAGCCUUUGUUGACUGUUUUUCUUCUAGCAAACAUUCCAGCAUGAAAUGAUGAGGUGCUUUUAUUGUGCUCACCCCAUGCUGACUGGAGCGUGUCCAGGUACCACCCUGUCCCCCGUUGUCUCGUCUCCACUGGAGCUGAAAUUACACGAGCUCCACAAACAGAACAGCGCAUUAAGACAGCCAGGUGUGGAAGCCAAAUGCAUCCUGGGGUCCUCAUAACUGUCUCGGUUGUCAUUCUGCCAGGAUUUUGUCAUGCCCAGCAGCUUUGGCGUCGACGUGCACAUCACACAUCAGUAAGGAGAUGGAGAGAUGGAAGCUGCAUCCCUCACUGGGGCUUCUAGCCGUCCUGCUGACCUGCUGUUACGCUGAAGUCAACUACUGCUUCGCGUCCCGGGCCAAAUCCUGCUCAGACUGUCUGCAGGCAGGAGUGGGCUGCGCCUACUGCGCUGAAGAGACAUUUAAUGGUCCUCGCUGUGACGAGUUGGACAGAAUCCUCGCCCAUGGCUGCAGUAAAGCAUCAGUCAUCACGGCUGAAAGCAGUUUGAACAUGAAGAUGAACAAAACCAUCGACACGAGGAUUCAGCAGUCUCAGGUGUCACCUCAACAAGUGAGCAUGACGUUUCUGCCUGGUGAGGAGAAACUGAUGGAUGUGGAAGUGUUUGCUCCAACCAAAGGUCCUCUGGAUCUUUAUAUUCUGAUGGACUUCUCCAACUCAAUGAGUGAUGAUCUGGACAACUUAAAGAAAAUGGGGAACGACCUGGCUUCGCUGGUAAGGAACAUGUCAGACGACUACACCAUUGGGUUUGGAAAGUUUGUGGACAAAGUGAUUGAGCCCCAGACAGACAUGAGACCCGUCAAACUUCUGCAGCCGUGGCCCAACAGUGACCCCCCCUUCUCUUUCCAAAAUGUCAUCAAACUGACGGGUGACUCAACACACUUCAUCAGUGAGCUUCAGAAAGAGCGGAUUUCUGGCAACCUGGACGCCCCUGAAGGAGGAUUUGAUGCCAUUUUACAGGCAGCAGUGUGUGAGGAUAAGAUCGGAUGGCGUAAAUACAGCACGCACCUGCUGGUCUUCUCCACCGAGUCAGCCUUCCACUACGAAGCGGAUGGUGUGAACGUGCUUUCAGGCAUCCUGCCACGCAACGACGAGCAGUGCCACCUGAACUCACAAGACCAGUACACGGAGGAUACAAAACAAGAUUACCCUUCAAUACCGACGUUGAUCCGUCUGCUGGGGAAGCACAACAUCAUCCCCAUCUUCGCCGUCACAGAGCACUCUUACACGUACUACAACAAACUGAAAGAUUAUUUCCCCAUCGCUGAGGUCGGUCUGCUGGAGGAAGACUCAUCCAACAUCCUGCAGGUCAUGAAGACCGCCUUUGAGAGCAUCCGCUCUAAGAUGAGCAUCCGUGCAGAAAACAGACCCAAGGCAUUCGAGUCUACCUUCUUUACUACCGAUGGAAGAACUGCAGAAUAUGGAGCCUUCAACUUCAAGCCUGGAGAGAUCGGGAAGUUUAGGAUGCGGCUCAAGGCCCAACAAGCUAUCGAUGGAGAGCUCGUCUGUAAAAUGAACCCAGAGGAUAAAGGGGGCACAAUCAGAGUCAAACCCACAACCUUUAGCUCUGCCGUCAAUGUGGAGGCAUCGGUUUUGUGUCCAACCUGCGACUGUGAAAAGACUCGCCUCAGAAAUGCAGAAAGAUGCAAUGGCAAUGGAGACUUGGUGUGUGGGAGGUGUCAGUGCCACGGCGGCUGGCUGGGGAAUUUCUGUAACUGCUCAGCCAGUACCUCAGCUCUGGACAAAAACCAGUGCACCACUCCUGACAUAAAAGAACCUUGCUCGGGCCGUGGAGACUGUCUGGCAUGUGGAACCUGUGUGUGCUACAACCCAGACCAGUUCGAAGGACCCUACUGUCAGUUCGACAAGAACCAGUGUCAGAGAUAUGGAGGCUUCCUCUGCAAUGACCGUGGCAAAUGCAUUAUGGGUCAGUGUUCGUGUCAGAAGGGCUGGGAGGGUAGCGCCUGCGAGUGUCCCACCAGCAACCAGACCUGUCUGGACACCAAAGGGAAUCUGUGUGGCGGUCGAGGGGCGUGUGUGUGUGGCCGCUGCCAGUGUCCAGACUCUGGCAUCGAGAUGUCAGCAAACUGUGAGCCAAACUUCCAGUUCCAGUUUGGUGUGUGUGAGUUCACCAGGAGCUGUGUCCAGUGUCAAGCCUGGAAGACGGGAGAGAAGAAAGACAAAGAGGAGUGUGACAAGUGUCCUUUUAAAGUCAUCAUGGUGGAUGAGCUGGAAGAAGUGAAGCAGGACCUUGAAUCGUGCAGCUUCCGUGAUGAAGAUGACGACUGCACCUACUACUACACGACUCAACCUAAAACUAAGGAGCUGGAGGUUCAGGUGCUCAAAAAGAAAGACUGUCCAGGUGCUGGCCUCCUGUGGUUACUCCCUUUCCUCCUGUUCCUCCUCCUGUUGUUGGCACUUCUGCUGCUCUGUUGCUGGAAAUUAUGUCCCUGUUGCAAAUCCUGCUGGCAGGGUUGUCUUGCCCUGCUGCCUUGCUGCAGGAGAGGCCGCAUGGUUGGUUUUAAAGAAGAUGAGUAUGUGAUGCGUCAGUCUCUGCUCACCUCGGAUCACUUGGACACACCAAUGGUGAGGACCGGCCCGCCCAAAGGGACCGAUGUUGUUCGCUGGAAGGUGACGGAUAACGUGCACCGUGGACCAAACCACCCCCAGGCUCUGAUAGAGCCCAACCCAAAGGAGAUGAUCCAGUUCCCCAUCUCCCUCCGACUGAACAGGUUGUUCUCGGAGAACUUGUCUCGUCCAGAAUCAAGAGAUGCCGAGCAGCUCCACAUGGAAGUGGCUGAUAAUCUCAAUGAGGUGUACAAACAAAUUCCUGGAGCACAUAAGAUUCAACAGACCUCAUUCAGGUUGCAGAAGAAUGCAGGGAAAAGGCAGGACUACACCGUCAUGGACACGGUCCUGUCCGCUCCCCGGAACGCCUACCCGGACAUAGUCAAGCUCACCGAGAGAAACGUUCAGUCUGGAAACUUCCGGGACCUCAAAGUGGUGCCAGGCUACUACACUGUAGCGUCAGACAGGGAGGCUGCGGGAGCUGUAGAGUUCCAGGAGGGUGUGGAGUCCGUAGAUGUUCACGUUCCACUUUUUGUCAAAGAUGAAGAUGAUGACAAGAAGCAGCUGCAGGUGGAGGCCAGGGAUGUGCCGCUGGGCAUCGCAGAGAUCGGAAAACGCUUUGUUAACAUCACCAUCAUCAAAGAACACGCCACCAGCGUGUUCUCGUUCCUCCAACCAAAUUAUACCUACAGCAGACAGGACAGGGUCGCAAACAUCCCAAUCAGCAGGGAGAUUAUAGAGGAUGGGCUCACACAGGUCACCUACCGUACCAAAGACCUCACUGCCAAAGACAAGAAGGACUACGUAGGCAAAGAAGGAGACUUGUCCUACAGUCCUGGUGAGACUCAGAAGGUGGUUCCUGUUCCUCUGCUGGAGCUGAGUGAGAGAGACGGCCUGUUAGAGGACAAAAAGAUCAAGCAGUUUGUCAUGGACCUUAGUAACCCACGACAGGGCGCCAAGCUGGGCCGCUACCCGAGAACCACCGUCACCAUCGCAGACCAACCAGAACCAAGUGUGAUGAUGUUCAAGAAAGGUAUGCAGAACUUCAGCACUUUGGAUCCAGCCUAUACCAUUCCGGUGGUCCGCACUCGUAACCAAGACGCUCCAGCCUCAGUUAAAUGGCGCACCAAGAAGGCCCAACGCUUUGAGCUUUCUGGCCCACUGAUGUUUGGUCCUGGAGAAACAGAGAAGAACAUAGUGAUCGACCCCAAAGCUCACCCAGGCCCAGUUAAGCCAGAGACCUUCCAGCUGGAGCUGUUUGACCCCAGCACCAAUGCUUUGGUUGGAGAAAGGAAGACGACCAAUGUCAAUGUCACAGAGGGAGUUCUAAGAUCUCCUGAUGUAGCUCAGCUGCAGCAGAAAGCUUUCACAAAUCCAAAAGCCACGUCCCCCGGUGGUCGCCUUCUCUCCCCAGCAAACCUCAAGGCAAGAGCAACUGGACCCAGAAACAUCCACCUGAACUGGGAUCCACCUCCCGGUAACCCUGCAGGAUACAAGGUGAAGUACUGGAUCUACGGUGACCCAGAGAAAGAUGCCCAGGUCUUAGACGUGAAGACUCCUCAAGCCGAGCUGACGAACCUGUAUCCCUACUGUGAUUAUGAGACAAGGGUGUGUGCCUACAACGCAAUGGGAGAUGGCGAAAAUACGGAAGUUGUUUCCUGUCAAACUCUGGAGGACGUUCCUGGUGAGCCUGGUCGUCUGGCCUUUAACGUGAUCAGCCCGACUGUCACGCAGCUCAGCUGGGCAGAGCCUGCAGAGACCAACGGCAACAUCACAGCAUAUGAGGUCAUCUACACGCCCAUCGAUGAUGACCUGAAACCGGUGGGAGCAGAGAAGAAAGUGAAGAUCGACAACCCAAAGAAACGGAUGCUGUUGAUAGAAAAUCUCCAAAGUGCACAGACUUAUCAGUACAAAGUCCGAGCAAGAAACAGUGUGGGCUGGGGUCCUUUCAGAGACGCAACCAUCAACUUGGCAUCGCAGCCUGUGAGACCUCUGUCCAUUCCCAUCAUUCCAGAUGUUCCUAUUGUGGAUGCAGAGGCAGGAGAUGAGUAUGACAGCUACCUGAUGUAUAGCAGUGAUGUGCUGAAGUCACCCACAAGCUCCAAGACACCGAGCAUCUCUGGGGAAGAUUACAUGACAAAUGGGAAGUGGGAACAGAACUUCCUGUUCCCUGGAGGGUCAACGACACGCAACUUAUCGGCAUCAUCCUCUCCCAUGUCCACGCUGAGCUCCAACUACAGAGGAGGCGGCGGCUCCUUCACCACAGAGACACACACCACCUACAUGUCUGGAUCCGGAGGUCCUCGUAGACAGGACAUGAUUGGAGGAGGCGUGCACAUGUCUGAAGUCAUCAUGAGGAAGCGUUCAGAAAACAGAGGUUACACAGAUGAAAACAUCCGGGACUCCAUCGUCAUGGGUGAUGUGACGAGUCAGUUCCCAGAUCUCACUCCAUCAGGUGGCUUCAGCUACUCUGGGGUGCAGAGCAGCUCUCAGAGCCAGUUCAGCUACGGCCUGUCUCAGGGUUCCAGGGCCAGGACACAGUCUUCAGAUGUCAAUGAGGCCUUGUCCAGUCUGGACAGAGUGCUCCGGGAUGCACGACUCUCUCCAGGUGUCCCAGACACCCCCAGCAGACUGGUGUUCUCUGCUCUGGGACCAACGGCUCUUAAAGUCAGCUGGCAGGAGCCCCAUUGUGAGAAAAGCAUCCUGGGAUACUGCGUCCUCUACCAGCUGCUCAGUGGAGGUGAGAUGAAGCGCCUCAACGUGACAAACCCAGCAGAGAACUCUGUGAUCAUCCACGACUUGCUGCCCAACCAGUCCUACCUGUUCAAGGUGAAGGCUCAAAGCCAGGAGGGCUGGGGUCCAGAGAGGGAGGGGGUCAUCACCAUCGAGUCGGCUGUGGACCCGAAGAGCCCCCUCAAUCCUGUGCCAGGCUCUCCCUUUACCCUGAGCACUCCCAGUGCUCCAGGUCCUCUGGUGUUCACCGCCCUGAGUCCCGACUCGCUGCAGCUCAGCUGGGAGAAGCCCCGUAAACCCAACGGAGACAUCCUGGGCUAUGAGGUCACCUGUGAACAGCUACAUGGUGGAGGUAAACCGCGAUCCUUCCAGGUGAGCGGCGACAACGCAGAGACCAGCCUCACUGUCCCAAACCUCAUCGAGAACAUUCCGUAUAAGUUCAAGGUUCAGGCUAGGACCACACAGGGCUUCGGUCCAGAGAGGGAGGGCAUCAUCACGAUCGAGUCCCAGGAUGGAGGCGCCUUAUCUCAGUACAACAACCAGUCGAUGAUGAGGAGGGAGGUUUUCCACAUGCCGACAGAGGUCACCACACGAACCAAUGUCUCACACACCAUGCUCAACGACCCUUACUUCUCAGAUGGGAUGACGAUGACGUCACAGCACACAGAGACGAGCGGCAUGGUGAGCCGUCAGGUCACCAGAGAGGUGGUUCAGAGGACCGUCACGGGAGGAUCUACCGUCACCAAGAGAAUGUUUUAUGAAUCCUAAAAACUGUUAAAACUAAGCCCACAUCCAGAUAUCACUGAUGGAAAUAAGCCACUUCCUGGGUUUUUUAUGUGAGUGUGUGUAAGAUUCAGCUUUUUUAUGAAAAAAACAAAAGAAAAAAAAACACCCCAACAAACAGGAGAAGGCGGCCACUCUCGUGUCUGUUACACACCGACAAAACUCGUCUUCAUUUCUGAUGUUUCUGUAGUCUAAUAGCUCUGUUGCAUCUAGCAUGUCACACACACACACACAUCAGUAACCCAUGUCAUGACUUUGGACUCAGAUCAAACCAGUCUCAGCUCCUGGGAUGCUCCUGCUCCCUGGAAGUUUUAGAUUGUCACCUAUUAGGCCUUUUGUUCAUAGACUUGUAUUAUAUUUCAGAGUGGUAAAGACAUUUUUCUUUUGAAUUUUUUGACAUUUGCAAAUGUUGGACCAUUUCUGUGUACCAUCUGUAAUUGCUGCGUUGCUUUCAGUUCUGGACCACCAGAGUGUUCUUGGUCUAAAACCCAACCUUACCUUUUCAGAUUCAUGUCACACCUGGAAGGAAGCACCUCAUAUUAGCUCUGUUGGUUUUAUUCUGCAUCUCGGAGAUUCAGAUGUCUAUUUAUUAAUUUAGACCUAAAUGCUUAGACCCAUUACGAUUUGCAGAAGAUUACUAUUAAUGCUAAUAUUUGGGAACAUGUGAUCUUGCUAACCUUACUGUUUUGGGAUCUAAUCCAUGACUAUUGCCUAGCCUUGUCAGUAAGAAACUAGGUGAAAUUAAUAACCAGCUUUGAAAUCUAAUUAACUAUUUGAUAAAUGGACAGUUUGAUGCAGAAGAUUAGUCACAAUACUUCUUGGGCAUAGCGUUAAGCUAGCUCAAACACUUGUUGAACACAACUUCUAGGUGGGCGCAAUGGCAAGAAGAUUCAGAGGAAACCAUAUUUACAUAUAUGUAAAAUGAAAUUUGCAGCUCAACAGAUAACACAACACAAUUAAAUACAAUACAAACAGCUCAUAGAUACAGCGCACAUGCUAACAAUGCUAACACAUCACUACAGCUAGUUGUAAACAUAAAUGUGUAAAUUAUCUGCUCGCAGAAAAUUACAGAGUUGUGUUAACAUGACUCAUCAUUUUCCAUGGUAAAGUGAUCAGGCUCAAAGUGUGUCACAUCUAAAGUGGUCAGGUAGAAACAAGGCUUAAAUGUGUCAUAUUUAAACACAGCACACGCUAACAUCACAGCACUAGCCACUAUUUGGAAAUGUCUGUUGAAAUUGUUUUGGGGCCAAAGAGUUACGUUCUGUUGCAUCAUAUUAUUUUAAUGAUAUGUUUUAACGCUGAUAUUUUGAUCAUGCUACCAUCAUGUGACCAUAUUCACUACUAGCUCUAGAAUGUUAGCAUUGAUCUUUUAGCAUUGACAAGCAAGUGGUAAUCGUACGUCCAGUCUAGGUCGAAAUGAGAAUACAACGCAAAGUAUUACUUUAGAUUACUUUAUCUGUCGUAGUUAUGAUGUGAACAGCUCACACCAGGCACGUUUCUGCAGCGUAGCGUGACUCCUGAAGGGAUGACAUCACUGCAACAUGAUUAGUUCUAUAACAUGAAAACCAAACUGACACCUAAAGGGUUUCUCUGACGUUUUAAAUGUUUUCGUACUCCACACAGCUUAGCCGUAGUUUUAAAUGGUUUAGCAGAGAAAAGGUGGCAGAUUGGAUUUGAUUCUGAUGAAAAUGUUUUGGUACGUUUUAGGAGGAUGUGAAAAACUGAAAGGCUUCUGCAUCAAUGUACGUCAUUUACCUUUAAGCACCUGUUCAUCCUUUCCUCUCUGUGCAUCUGUUUUAUUGCACUUAAUACAAAAUUGUAAUUAAAAUCUCUACAGAAAACUUGA